CGUGUACCAUCACCCCGCAACAUCUUAUUCUUCCCCCUCGGGAGACGCUUCCCAAGCCUAAUGAGCUUGCGCCCAGCACACGUUUACGCCUCGCGCACCGAGAAAUCUCGCCUUCACCACCUGGAACGAUUGCAGAUCUGAACACUACAAUGGCUGGACGGCGAGGACGAACGUCGGAUUCGACGACUGUCACCGUCGAACCCGACAGAAGGGCUUACUCGAAAGAAUUGAGUAUUCUCAAGAGAUUCGAUCCCGUGGAAGGAGAUAUGCUACAAACCUUUGUUCUCGAGGAUGCUAUGGUCUGCGACAAGAAGGGCAAUCCAGUUGAGCUCUUCACCGUCAACACCCAGGGCCCAUUCACUGUACGAGGUCGCGUCAUCAUCGAUGGUCCGCAGACGGCAAGAGCCGUGAAACCUUCUACGAAAUCAGCCUUGAUCGAAACCCACGAAUGCACUCGCUACGCUAUCGGCGUUAGCAACAAUGGCUAUGGCGCAUGGGCUGGGGGCGCGGCAGGAUGGUACGAAAUUCGACCGCCAUCAGCCGCCUACAAGGCGAUAUUCGACCACACGAUCGAAGGAGUUUCGGUCUACUAUUCGAUUCUGGACAUCAUCGAGGAGCACGCAGCAGCCAAGACCAACGAGAAGGGCCCCAAGAAGAAGAAGGGCAAGAAGGGCAAGGAGACGGACGUGACGACGAACGCUUCCGCGGCAAUGACCAUUAAGACGUUGUUGUUCAAGUAUGCAGUAGCCAUGGGCGAUGGUGCUACCCUCGACGAGGUGGAACAGCGCUGCGACGAUCAUGCAUCUUUCCUCAUAUUCCAUUUCUAUGAAGAGCCAGAAUUCGACUGGGUGCCUACGCUAUUUUUCAAAUGGAUGAAGGAACGACACCCGGAUAUUCAUAAGAAAGUCCUUGAACUGAGGGCAAAAAAAUUAGCGGGAGUCAAGCCUGGUCUCCCGAUACCAGAGGAGACUGAAGCUGUGGUGACGCCGACUCUCUCCGACGAGCCGCCCGCGCAGAAGGCGUUGUCGAAACGAAAGCAAAGGGGCACACCUGCCGGCGAUAGCCAAACCGAUUCGCACGACUUUGCUCUCUCUGCACGCGACAUGAGGUCCAGAUCAAGGGGCAAGACCAAGACGCAGUCGCCCCCCGCCCCUGAACCUCUGGCGGAAGCCAUGGCAGUGGACGAGACUCCAGAGGUUCCACGCCAGACGGAACUUGUUAAAACGGUCCAUGACCGAUCCAACGUGGACGCCCUCCUAGAAGCCAUUGAUGACAUCAAACUAGAAGCCGAGCCGUUGAGCAAAGCAGCGUUCUCCAAAGUAUCAUCAAAGUUGUACUAUAAGUACAAGGUCAAAGCCUACCUGGGAGCAGCGGACAUUCUCAAGUACUAUGCAAAAGAGCUGGUUGAACGCCUGGAUCAGGAUGAGUGGAGAGGAUCAGGUUUUUGGAAAACCCUCGGGGAAUCUGCUCAAGCCCCUCGCAUCUCUCUUUCCCACGUUGAGCUUGACCAAAUCCCCGACUGUCUAAUUCGACGAAAGGCGAAGGAGGUAUCAAUCCCACGGAACCAUCGGCCAUCACUUCCUCAAGAGGCUCAAAGUAGCGCAGACGUCGCGACUCCGCCUCCAAGACGUGUUGGUCGACCAGCCGGAAAGAUGUCAGGCCUUCGACUCGCGGGCACCGGUGGUAAGCGACGCUUUGACUCCGGGGACGAGACUCCAGAAAGUAUCUCCCGGCAGAUUGCAAAGAGAUUCCACGCCGGCGACGAUUCUGACGAGGAUGAAGUCAUGAAUGAUGGCAGCAGCUCCGAAGACGAUGAUUCUAGUGUGGACUCUGCAGAAUCGCCUACCGCCCUGAAGGUCGUUGUGCGAGCAGAGAACAUUCCCACAACAAUACCCAAAGGACCUAAUGGCACUUGGGUUUGUGACGAAGACGAUUGCGGGUUUGUUGAGCGAAAUCCAGAAUCCGAAGAUGGACGUUUGAGAAUCAACGAACACAUGCAAGAUGCGCAUUAUCACGAAGACGAGAACCAGGUUCAACGCAUCAACUUGGCAGUGACGGAGGGUGACAAGAACCACCUCCCCAUAGAUCACCUGCUCGAGAAGAUCCGCCAAAUGGGCCACAAGAUACAAGGGGCGGAAGGAUUGGAGAUUGAUGAGACAGUCGUGCCUCAGCCUAUCAAGAGAAGAUUGCUCACUUGAAUGGGCACCUGCUAAUAAUGUUGCUUCGAUGCAGCUAGGUGUUACUUACGGCGAGGGAAGGUCUAAGGACAGAAACAUAACUGGCUUGCUUGCAUGGAUUUGGCGUUCAGGGGAGGGGGUUAAGAGACAUAUUCAGCACGGCAUACGCUGAUGGCGUUGGUUAGAGAGUUGCACGGAUUGGCCCAUGACGACGUGUAUUAUUCCCAGCUCGAGGGUUUGGCUCCAGACGACUGGCUUUGGAGACACUUGAGUAAGAAUCAGAUAAAUUCAAUACGCAAAGCAGCUCUUCUGCGUAGCAAACAAGUACUCCUGUGGAUCACCAAAGUAGACAAGGGAAUUUGGGUUAUGGCUCAACAUUCACCACAAAUGACCCGCGUAAUGGACCAGUUGUACGUCAUAUACAUGCCCCUGAC